UGUAAGAGACGCCAGUCGUUUGAAGGCUGCGUGGGAUUCACUGCUUGGGACUAAACUCUUGUCAAGAUUUUGCUAUCCGAACUAUUACUUUGGAAAUAGCAGCAUAUACUUUAAGUGAAAAAUCAGCUUCUAACAUUUAUAGCCACAUUUCCGUCUGACACCAAAUGCAAUGAUCAGAUUUAUUGUACUUUUUGUUGAGUUGUGCAUCAUUUGUCAGUCUCUGGGUGAAUACACUGAGGGCUCAGCGUCUUCUCACCAUGACACCAAUGAAGUUGUACAUGAGGACGAGACUCACUACACCCCUCAGUUGGACUACAAACAUUCGCAGUGGUGCAAUGUACUAAAGUUGUCCAAUGGGGAAGUGUCCUGUUCUUCUCCUCGAGGCGGGCACCACCGGGGCUCGCUUGGAACUCGCUGUUCGCUCUCCUGUGUUCGGGGAUAUAAACGGCUGGGACAAUCAUCUGUGCAGUGCAUGCCAAAUCGCCGCUGGUCUGGAUCUGCUAUUUGCCGAAAGAUACGCUGCCGUGUUCUGCCUCUGAUUGACUACGGUAUGUACAGUUGCACUCGUGGUUUCGUGGUAGACUCCAGAUGUGACUACACCUGCUAUGAAGGCUACCAGAUUGAGGGAGAUCGCUACCGGAUGUGCCAAGAAGAGGGAACAUGGAGUGGCACUGAACCGACGUGUGCAGAUCAUGACCCCCCCAAACUGAAAUGUCCUUUGUCCAGAGUGAAGGUAGCAGAACCAGGAAAACUAACUGCCAUGGUUUCAUGGGAUCGUCCUGUUGCUAAAGAUACCGCUGACAGAGCACUUCAGGUCUUGCGAAAUGGGCUGGAGUCUGGAUCUGACUUUCCUGAAGGAAUACAUGUAAUUCGAUAUAAAGUCUCUGAUCAGGCUCGCAACACAGCCACAUGCAAGUUUACAGUGCAUGUUGAAGUGAGACGAUGCCCAAAGCUAAAGCCGCCUAUGCAUGGCUAUCUGACAUGCUCAUCUGAUGGCAAUAAUUAUGGGGCUGUAUGUGAAUACCAUUGUGACCCUGGCUUCGAAAGGACAGGUUUUGCAACACGUGUUUGUCAGCUCAAUCGCAGCUGGUCUGAUGAAGCCGCUCAGUGUAUAUUAAUGGCUAUUAAAACAGACGUCAGGUCUGCUGGUGCUCUGCUUGACCAGUUUUAUGAAAAGAGAAGGCUUCUUGUUGUGUCUACUCCAGAAAACGCUAACCAGAAGUACAGGCUUCAGAAUAUUAUGCUGCAGAAAGCUGAGUGUGGUCUGGAUCUGCGACACGUGACAGUGAUCGAGCUGUUAGGAACUUACCCUCGUGCAGUGGGCCGCAUCAAAGAACAACGACUAGAUCCUGAAGUCAUAGAGGGUCUUAGACAGGCACUGUAUAUAUCCACGGCAUAUUUCACCAUGGUGCUGCUGGAUGAGUAUGGUGUGGAUCGGGAGCGCUUUGUCAACCCCACGACCUCUGAUGAGCUCUACUUGUAUGUAGAUGAGUAUCUCCUCACAGAGGAGGAGCUAGAGAGACUGGAAAUGAACAGGGACUUCUGUGACUGACCUCAGUCUGAUCAACUCCAGAUCUAAUGUUGUGGGUGGGAGUUUUCUUUAUAAUGACAGGCACCACAACAGCCUGUUUCCUAGACAAACAGUCAUUUGAAACUACAUAUUGCAGAUAUUAUUCAGAGAAUCACAGCUGGAAAUGUGAUUUAGACUGGAACAGGCCAUGUGAAGAUGCAUAAGAUAUUCAAAAUAUUCACAUAUUCUGAAGAACCCAUCUAUAAUCGAGUGUACAGCACACAACGUGGAUUCUUAAAAAUAUUUAAUAUUUAUUACAUGCUGGUAUUUUCAUGUAGCUCCUAAAAAAAAAGUUGCUCACAAUGGAGUUAAUCAGCAUUUCGAUGUUAAAAUAAAUUGUGUUUAAACACGGAAAUAUUUGUGGGCCAUUUAUAAAGUGCACAUUUAACGUGUUAUUCAAACUAAACUUUCUACUGUCCAUUUUUAAGAACAGCAUUUCAAAUGAUGUUGUAUUUCAAAACAUCCAUUCAGCUGUAACAUUUAUAGGAAAUAAAUAUAAUUAACGUAUACACAGCA